ACACUUUUGAGACUUUUUCACCAGUCCUCAUAUGUACUCAGACACUUACGCAGGCGUCUUCAAGACAUCACAACAGGAAGUCGCAUGAUCUUUCUCUCCCUUUCCCAAGCGAAAAGGUCCACACCUCCAAACAAUCGACCUUGACAACCUCAUUGCUCACCACCUCACGGCUCUGGAUGAGGUUGCGGCAAUGGGUAAGGUGGCGGCAAAAGCGCAUGUCAUGUCCGAAAGACAGAUCACCAAUUGUGAGCCUCGGACAGGGGGGUGCCAGCUUCCGCCCAGCCACGGACACGAACUGCAGCUGAGUGAGCAGGUCGACUCUUGUUCGCUUGUCGAAAUGGCCAGCGAGCGAGAACGCCACCACUUUGCACUCAUAGUGAUGGACCACAUCCAAGUAGUUGGGCUCUUGGAUACCGGCGCCGACGAAGUAGCCGAACAGAUAGGUGCCUUUGCGUAUGACCAGCACAAUCGGCCAGACGCCUAUCACUUUGGCCAGCAAAUCCACAAAAUAGAAGCCGUGACGUGAAGUGCUGCAACACAAACAUAUACACCAACUUCUGCCUGCGAUCCUUCUCCUUUUGCCUGCCUGUCAGCUUGUCUCCCUGUGUACCUGUAGACAAGUGAGAUCUCUCGGCCUUUAGCAAACCACCCGAUCAACUGACGGAGAUCUCCAGCACUAAGCGACGAGCCCCUCAGAAAAGCCAAGCGAGGCAAAAAGGGGUUCACGGCAAGAAGGGCUAUCCGGAGAGCCGAGAGAGCCGGCAAAGAGGGACCAGGUAGCUCUGUGACGGCGGGCUGCUCGCACCUCUGCAUACCACAGUAGUAACAUUCGAUGAGAUCCUGUUGUCAGCUCUCGUUAUUUCUCUUUUGACCUGCGAUGAGAUUGACGACACUCCGUCAGCAUGAAGGACUUCCACCUCAUCAGCCGUGAACAACUCACUCCCACCAAAGAGAGCAUCGCCGUGUUGAUUUGUCGGGCCCCGAUAGCUUGCAGGCACAUAAUGGCUCCUCAUAAGCUGACGGCAUCUGCGUACACACGCGCCCGACUCAUUAGCAGCGAACGACAAACACCCACCGAUCAUCACAGCGCCAUCAGAAGUCACAUGCACAUUCUGAUCGUCUCGAUUGAUGUCGAUCUUUGUCGGUGUCCCAGCGAGGGAGAAGUGCCACACGUCACAGCAGUAUUCGUGCCAGGAACAAGCGGCAGCGACAGGGCGGGCAGGCACUUUGAUGCCGUCGCUGAUAUAGCUGCCGAAGACGUACUGGUCUUUGCGUACGACAAACACCAGACCCUUGGCGUCGCCCACACAUCGAAGCAAAUCUUGAAAUGACGGGCCA